AUGCACUUCCCAUCGCUCAGAGGCGUCCCGACUGUUGUGCUCGCCGCUGGAGCGCAGAGAGGCCAAGCGUCGCAUCGUCGAUUCCAUGCGUCAGCCCGCCGAUGCAGUGGUUUGGGCAACGGUGGCCGGCCAUCCGAGGAAUCGGCGACUGAACACGACGGCGAGACCGAAGCGCAAGGCAGUGGAGAAGCCUCUGGAGGACGGUCGAGGUCAACAGUAACGAGCUCGCUGAGGAAUCGGCAAACUCGACGCAAAGCAGCGUCUGCCCUCCCUCCGGUCGAAUUGCCGAACAGCUUUCUCGAACAAAAUGUAACAAUAUACAACGAAGCAAGCCAGCCCCGGCUUCCACCCGCCCUAGCUGAAGAUGCCAAGCGCGAAAAGGUAUCUCGACUUUUUCUUUCUCCAAACACCGACGCCAAAGCCUCGAACGAAGCUAUUGAGAAUUAUUUCGAAACGGCCGUCGAAAAGCUGCUACUUCGAAACUGCGAACUGGCCACCGACUUUACACAACGCCAAACAGGCGAGGACAGGGUUAGGUGGGAGUCGCCAGAAACCAUUGCCAAAGUCGUCAGGACAUGGGAUAUGAUACUGGACGCUUCUUGGCAUCUAAUUGAUGCUCUGUACCCUGCGCGCCAGGCAGAAUAUGUAUACAAGAAGAGACCCUUUUGGUGGUGGCACAUUCACAAAGACUUUGAUCACCGGAGCAAUGCCUUUCGCGACCAAUUUGUCUCCCUUGGCGUGUCGCUUGACCAUAAUCUCACUGCUGGAGAGCAUCUCGACGUCCCUCUCUCCCAUGCGCUUGCUGGGUUUCAUGUAGAUACCUUCGUGGCUCUGCAAAGUGCUGUCGCGCGAGACCUGAACGCGAAAGCUCCCUCAAAUUUCGACGCCAAGACCGGCAAGCGCCCUCUGAACAUAUUAUCGCUUUCCGGCUAUGGUGGCAAGGCCAUUGCGCAAUCAAUUGCUACUCAGAUGGCGCAUGGGGGCUUCGAUCUGAUACACCUGGACGCCCAGGACCUAUCACUUCUCGUCGGAGAGUAUCUCGGCCAGCACUGGGCGUACUCCCGCGGCGCAGUGUCCAUGAUGGGGUUCCGUGCGGCCGAGCUCAACGGCAAACUGAUCCAGGAUCCCGAAAUUGCCAUCCGACAGGCAUCGGAAGAUGACGACAUGGACUCGGAAUCAGUCUUGAGCGCCCGCGUUGCAGCCGCAGGAAAUUUCGAGGAAGACCUUCAGAAGCUCAAGCAAGGUGGUUUCGACUGCUUCGGAAAAUGGGACACAUUAAAGAUUGACAAGCUUCUUGAUCAAAUCCUUCAAUCGGCCAAGAACAAAAAAUCAGCAGGCAGUCGCCCAGUGCUGCUCCAUCUGCACGAUGUUGUUGAGCUAUCCAUGACCCUGGAAGGAUCAUUCAUACUUGCCCGCCUACGUGCUCUCGUCGAUACCGCAUGGCAAAAUGGUACCCAAAUUGCCAUUUUUGGAACGUCUUCGAGUGAGACUCCCUCGGAUGAUUACCAGAACGCCGUUCGCGACCUGGCCUUUGGAGAAUUUGUAGUCAGUCGUCACUUGCAGCUGAACCAAGGCCACAUCAUCAAAGGCUCCAAGAAGACGCAAGGAGAAAUGCCCGUUGACUUGCAGACUACGGAUUACUUCUUUGAGAAUAUCCAAAAUAUUCGGCGGAUGAUGCAGGCUCUUCAGCCAAAUGGCGGCGCCAACGCGGAAGCCGUUGAGACGACAUUGCUUGAAUAUUUACGUUCUGCCAAUGCGCAGCAGUCAACAUUCAGAGGAGGCAUUCUCCCAAUCCCCGAAGUAUAUCAUCUGGCACAGGCAUUAAACUCGAACAGCAAAGACAUCGAAAACUCUGCUCGCAGCGCUUUUAUGGAGCGAUUCAUCAUGGGGCCCUUGCGGCCGCAGUUAGGCCAGAAGUACCUGGAUGAAGCAGCUCAUGAUCAUAUUUCGUCGGCUGGCGAAACCCAAGGUCCGAAUGAAGACGUCAAGUCAGAGACCAGGGCCACAGCAAAGCUGAAUGAAUACGAGAAGCGUAUACAAUCCGGCCUAAUCAACAAAGAAAAUCUACGAACUACCUUUGGAGAUAUACAUGUACCUGCAGAGACCGUCACCGCCCUCAAGCUUCUCACUUCGUUGGCACUAGUACGUCCGGAUGCCUUCUCGUACGGUAUCCUGGCAGCAGACAAGAUACCGGGCUGUCUACUUUAUGGUCCUCCUGGAACUGGUAAAACCAUGCUCGCCAAAGCGGUCGCCAAGGAGAGCGGCGCGAACAUGCUGGAGAUUAGCGGUGCCACAAUCAAUGACAAGUGGGUUGGCGAAAGUGAAAAGCUGAUCCGCGCCGUCUUUACACUUGCCAAGAAAUACUCACCCUGUGUCGUCUUCAUCGACGAAGCAGACUCGCUGCUGGCCAACCGCAGCAUGUUUAGCAACCGGCCCUCGCAUCGCGAGCACAUCAACCAGUUCCUCAAAGAGUGGGACGGCAUGGAGGAAACGAAUGCCUUUAUCAUGGUGGCAACCAACAGGCCGUUUGACCUGGAUGAUGCCGUCCUUCGUCGCCUCCCGCGAAAGCUCCUGGUCGAUCUCCCUCUCCGAGACGACCGCGCCGCUAUCCUGAAGCUGCUCCUCCGCGACGAGACGCUGGACGGCUCCGUCUCCAUCGACGACUAUGCCGAGCGCACGCCGUACUACUCGGGCUCUGACCUGAAGAAUGUUUGCGUCGCCGCCGCCAUGGCCGCGGUGGAGGAGGAAAACGAAAUGGCCAUGAAGCACAACGGCCCCGAGCCGUUUGAGUACCCCGAGAAGCGCACCCUGCGCAGCGAGCACUUCGAGAACGCGAUGAAGCAGAUCCCGGCGAGUAUCAGCGAGGACAUGUUGUCGCUCAAGAUGAUUCGCAAGUUUGACGAGGACUACGGGAACCGCAGGCGCGCGAAGAAGAAGUCGAUGGGCUUUGGCAUACUGGAUGAGAAGCUCGUGACUGACGCGCAUGAGGCACGUAUCCGUAGGUGA